UGUGUUCCAACCAGUUCGGUGGCAUUGCAAAAAGUUCUUUUUUUAGGCAUUUUCCCGCGCUGAUGGUAAAAACAUUGUGUUUAUUGUUGAGAUCUGGAAAAACAAGUCGCAAUAAGUGCCAAAAUGUACAGUAAUUGGCCAAAGCAGGAGGACACCUUCUGCUAUAAGGAAAAUAUAAAGGCUGAGCAGCUCGAGGAUGUGAUUGUUAUCAAUGACGAUGAUCUGGGCGACUCUCUCUGGCGGCGGCGUCCGAAAUCCGAGUCCCCAUCCGAAACCCCUUGCUUCUCCUCACAGGACGCUAAACAAAAAGGUAAAAUCCCUGAUGCAGUUAAGGAGAAGAGGGAAAAGUCCAAGUCCCGCGUCCGCACUCGAGCCAAGGCCAGGAAAAAACGGAAGGCAGCGCAAAAAGCGGCCCAAUCGACAUAUCCCAGGGAUGUGUUUAAUAAGAUAAAGAAGCGUACGAAGCAAAAGAAACCGGCGCUCAAGAAGGCUAAGGUGCCCAAGAAGCCAAAGGGCCCAGGUCCCCCAAAGGCUGGGGAACCCAAUGGGGCGGCGAUUGACAACCUGGUAAUGGCCCUGGUGGACGAGUUCCACGAAGACGGCUAUUUGCUCAACGAAAAGUGGGAGGAGAUCGAGACCAGACUGGCCCACAUGGUGACUGACAGAGUCAUGGCCAUGCCAGGGGGUCCCGUUCCUUCCUUCGACUCUUCCGAUGUGAUCCGGGGCCACCGAGUGAUUAGGUGCGUCGACGGCUUUUCAAAGAUAUUCCUUGCGGCGUGCAUUGACACUAUUGGCGACUCGUGGGACGGCAUGCGCAUAAGGCUCGUCCAUGUCAGCGAUAUUCCUUGGCGUCCUCAAGCGCGCAUCUGGUUGCCCCAUGGUCAAAUGGACCACAACCGGAUUCUGAUCUGUUUGAGAGCCCAGAACCUAGACAUAGACAUGUCCGACUGGUCCAUCCUGAGGGCGGAGGAAAUCACGAAGACUAGUCAAACUUUCCUGCUCCUCAUCAACCGGAGGUGUCUGCCGCAACUGGAAGCAGCGGACUACAAGGUUCGCUACGGCAUAAGAAUGACCAGGAUCAAGGUCAUGUUGAGCCAAACAGACGUUUUGCCAAAGGAAGACGAGACGUGAAGACGUCGUGAAGGAAGGUCUUCCGCACUCAAGUACAUUUCGCCGUUUUUCUUAAGAAGCAAUAAAUCCUCACGCUAAAAGCCA